CUACUACUUCAAUUUACAUCACUGGCAGACAGUGACAGAAUUUUUUCGUGAAUACAAAAUUUUCCAAUUUUCAAUUUUACACAAUAUUAUAAAAAUAUCAUUCAAUAGAAAUAUAUUAAGACAACAUUGCUUCGUGAAUUUCUCCCUGAAAUGUGGGAAUAAGGACAUUUCUCUAGCGCUGCUCGUCUGCAAAGAGUGGAGCAAUACGACGACCAAGUGAAUUUCAGACAAUAAAAAAAGGAUACUUGCUAAGCAGGGAAGUGUGAAAAUUUUCAGGAGCAAAAUGAUGUUUUCAUCGAUAAACAACUCGUUCGAGCAGGACACCCAUGACACAGACGGCAAUUGCGAUGGUCCCGAUUUGGAUUUUAUAUAUGCUGACGUUGAUACAUACCAAAACGAGAUCGCCGAGCUAUAUAGCUACACUGAAUUCAGCGAAUUUCAACAAAAUGUUAAGGCAUUCGAAGACCAAAUGGACAUGUACAAUUUGCCACCUAAUUGGCAAAAGCUAGACGCAUCUAGUCAGAGGGGGAUUAUUAUGAAGUUGAUUGACCAGCUAGAGGUGUCCAAUCGGCAAUUUCGCAUGCAGGCCGCCCGAUGUAUUCUGUAUUUGGCUCAGGGGUGUUGGGCAGAAAUCCAAUCGGACGAGGAGCAGCAGCAGAACACACGCGACAAUGUUAUUGUGCUAUAUGAAUUAGGUAUAUUUUCGUCGUUUCUAGAUCUUUUGAACAUGGAAAUCGAAAGUGCCUGUUCGCCUGACAUUGUGGCAGUAAAAAUAACGAAUGUCACUUUGGGUGAUUCGGCGGACUUGAGAGUGAUUUUAUCUGUACUAUACAUUAUAACCGAGACCAUACGUGACGAAAAAGAGAAAGGUAGUGAGGAUUACCGCAAAAUCGCAGAAGCCUUUGUGCAAGAGAUCAACAGUCCUUUGCCGGAUGGAGAACUGUUGACCGUAAAAUUAUUGGGAAUGAUAACGCGAUUCUGCAGUGGAGCUGCACCCCAUUUCCCAAUGAAAAAAGUUGUCCUUUUGUUGUGGAAAAUAUCACUAUUGGGAUUAGGCGGCAUGGAAGUUCUCAAGAAUCUCAAAAACGAGUACCGUGUAAAAGCCGGUCUGAGCCCAGUCACCGAAGAUACAUUGGAAGUAACGAAAACUAUGCGUGCAAGUUCUCCGCCGGUCACAGCGGCCGAUUAUCUCGAUAACCAAAAUCUGAAAAGAAAUGCUUUUCGUCGGUCGUUAAUGAAACAGAGGUUUCUAGACGAACAGGAACAAAUGGAUAUGGAACUCACGCCGGGGAAUGAGAGUGCCCCGAAUGGUGGUAACAAUGGAACCGGAGGCGGCGGUAAUGGUAGCGGACAAAAUGGGGAAGAUGAGUAUUAUCGACCGUUCGAAGACCCCUCCACUGGUGCUUCGUCGUCAACAAUAACAACAGCGAACCCAAACAAUCUGCCAUGCUAUAACGCACAGCCGCCAAUUGUGCAACCCACACAGCUGACAACGUGUUUGCCUUGGACACCAAAAGUGCGACAAAAGGAUAUUGACCAAUUCCUGGAUAUUUCACGGAAUAAAUUCAUAGGUUAUUCUCUGAUUGACGAUCACGAAAGCCUGGCCGGCCUACCUCAGCCCAUUCAUGAAGGUGUGCAAACUCUCAAACGGCACAUGUACAUUAGUUUGGCUGAUAUACAAAUCAAGAAGGAGGAGGAGAUUGCACGCAACCCAAUAUCAACACAGGAAGAUGAAGUAGUAUUAACACCAGCCGAGAUCCUCUACCAGGCCAUACUGCCCAAUUUGCCACAGUACAUGAUCGCCUUAUUGAAAGUGCUGUUGGCAGCAUCGCCCACUUCCAAGUCAAAGACAGAAAGUAUUAACAUUAUGGCUGAUGUGCUUCCCAAAAAGAUGCCACUGACCGCCACACAAUCCACCAAACUGACUGUAGACAUGGGUCGCCAUAAGGAAAUAAUCGUCAAAGCAGUGUCCGCAAUUAUUUUACUGUACUUGAAACACUUCAAAUUGAAUCACAUAUAUCAAUUCGAAUUCAUGUCGCAACACUUGGUAUUUGCCAACUGUAUUCCCCUGGUUCUGAAAUUCUUUAACCAAAACAUUACCGAAUAUGUCAGCAUGAAAAAUACCAUACCCCUCUUGGAUUUCCCAUCCUGCGUGAUUGGGGAGCAACCUGACCUGUCGGCAGAGAGUUUUGUUUUUAGUGCAGAUGUGACCGACAAGCCUUAUUCCUGGCGAAAUGUAUUUUCCUGCAUUAACUUGCUGCGCAUCCUGAACAAACUUAUCAAGUGGAAACAUUCGCGAGUAAUGAUGCUGGUGGUCUUCAAGUCCGCACCCAUACUCAAGAAGACCUUGAAGGUGCGCCACGCCAUGAUGCAAUUGUAUGUUUUGAAACUACUGAAAAUGCAAACAAAAUAUUUGGGUCGUCAGUGGCGAAAAUCAAAUAUGAAGACAAUGAGUGCCAUCUAUUCCAAAGUUCGUCAUCGUCUCAAUGACGAUUGGGCAUUUGGUAAUGACUUAGAAUCUCGUCCAUGGGACUUUCAAGCCGAGGAAUGUACACUACGUGCCUGUGUUGAUCGCUUCAAUCUUAGGCGAUAUCCCGAAGCCACCCAGAAGUGUGGUUCUGGCGGUAACAACGGUAAUGCCGGCAAUAACGCAGAAAACUCGACAUCUGGAAAUAUUGCGGGUGGAAAUGUGGAUGGAAAUGUAGGUAGCAACGGUGCUGGCGGUAUUUACGGUGCGACCAACUCUGGCAAUGGUAUUACUACAGGGGUUGGGGGACAAUUGCAGGAUUAUGGGAUCGAAGGUGGAUUCCCAAGCGAUGAAAUAUUGACACAUUCAGAUUUUGCUUUCUUCGGCCACUCUGGCUGGUGGGAUCGAAAGGUGGAACUUACUGAUUAUUUCAAGGCCAACUAUACAACAUGGCUAGAAGAGGAAGUCUACAAUAACCAGACCGACUGGGAUGCUCUUUAAGGGCAUGACACAGAUAUGGAUCGCAUUGCAUAUUCUAGGAUUCCCGCAAAUAAUUUUUACAUUCGGUUACAUUCAGAGCUACAUCAGCAGUAACUGGUGCGACCAUAGCAAAUAUGACAUACAAAUAGAUUAUAGCAUACUAUAUAUCAUUAGAUACUCUUUUUAUAAAUAAUCAAGGGAAACUCCAAUACAUAGUUCACGUUCCGUUAACACUUCAAAAAGAUAAUAUCCGUACACGAGUGGUGGAAAUUCGAAACCUAAAUACUUCAAAUUUCUCAUACGCAAUAUCAUUGAAAUGAAUUCUUAUGAAUACGCGGUCACACACAACUUACAUAAAAGCAUAUUUAUGAGUCAACAUUGUACAAAUUAACAUCUAUCGCUAGCGACUAAGAAUUCUUUAUUUCGAGAGCAUGCCGAUGAAAUUAUUUACUUAGUCAAAGUUCCCAAUGUGCGACAGUAGAUUAAAAUGAAUGCUUUCCCCACAGAUAUGCAAUAACAAAAAAAAAAAAGUAAAAAUAAAUCAUUUAUUAUUAUUUUUGUCUUAAUUUGUUCAAAUUCAACAUUUAUUUAUUAUGUUUAUUAUUAAAUCGAUAACAUUUGCAUGAUUUUUUUAAAAUUAAAACACAGUUUCAAAAUCACUAACAGCAAAGUUUAAACGUCGCAUGUAUUAUUCUGCAUUAAUUAUACAUUCAUGCUUUGAACGGAAGAGCACUGCUAUUUGACAGCGUCAGCAACACAUUUAUUUGCAGUUCCCAUCGAAUAGUAGCAUUCGGUAUUUAAGAACAACAUCAACAAAACAUGGACACAUAAAUACAUUUAAUGUAAUGUUUAAUGUAAUACAUAUAAAUGUUAUAAAAAUACAUAUAUAAUUUAUUAAAACGUAAUAAAACACAGAUUUACAAGAAAA